GUGAACGUGAUCGGUAACGUGUGUUACAAUAUAUACCCUUUGAAGUCGAUUUUUUGUAGUGUUUUUUUUUUUUUUGAGUGCACAAAAGUCAAUGUGAAUGAAAUAAUACAUGUGAUACAGUUGGAGAAAUAAAAUAUGUAGAUAAAACAUAAAAAAAAUUAAAUAAUAAACAGUGUGUUGUCUUAAUAAGAGUAACAAUAAUAAAUGCAGUGACGAAAGUCGAUACAAGUGCAGUGAAAAAUGAAAGGCAACCAGCGCCGGAAAAACUUUAAGCAACUGAACAAAAUUUAGUAGCUAAUAAAGAAGUUUAAACUGGCUCCAACCAGCUAGCAACCAGCAAAAAUAUAAAAUAUCUAAUAUUCUUAAAUAACCAAUCCAAAAAAAACUGAACCGCCAUCAAACGAAAUUCAAAACGAGCCAAUUUGUGGUGUUUAUUAUUUAUUUAUAUGCAAAUUUAUUUUUACAACAACUUGGUAUUAACCUACAAUCGAACCACAACAACAGCAAAAGCCGGGGAAAGAUAAAGAAGAAUCGAAAAGCAAAAGCAGCGCACCUUCUUGGACUUCGACGUCUUUAUUUUGGGAUAUAAAACAGAAAAAACCUACCCCUGCUCACAACCAAACCAAACGCCACAAGAAGAAUUGACAUUCCGCAAAAAUAUUGUCCGCGCGAUUGGAAAGACCUUUUUUCACUGCAGCUCGACCACUUCACAUAUCAUUGGCUUUAUGUGGCCUGACUUGGGCGCUAGCCAGGAGUAAGCGAUCUGUCGAUCGGUCCCGAGAAGAUGGCUCCGCCAAACUGUCUGCUGGCGGUGCUGGCGCUGACGGUUUUCCUGGGGGCCAACAACGCACUGCCUAUCACCUCGCGACCCAUCGAGGGAAAUGUCCAGCGGAUGGUGUGGGAGGAUUGGGUCAACCUGGACCCAGAGCAGAGAAACCUCACCAAGGAGAAGAAAAUAACCGCCAAGUCGAUAUUCACGUUACCGUUUCGCCACUGUCCGCAGGGUCACACGCUGUUCAACCACCUUUGCAUCCCGCAGUCCAACAUUGAUCCCACGGAUCUGAUCAAGCAGGAACUCAUCCUGGCCGGUGGCUCCAAUGGCAAUCCGCCACCGCCACCUAUUGGAGACUACGACUACGGAGAUGACGAGGAGAGUGAGGAAAUCGUGUACGACCUUUCGGUAAUACCAACAGCCAUGCAGGAUGGUAUCCCGCCCAGCGUUGGCGACGGGAAUCAAGCCCUGCCCAGCGAGGAUGCACCACUUAAAUUUAACAUUUUUGAGAAGAAAUUCCCCACGGGCACGGGAGAGUCCGAGGAGGUGCCACUGCCGCCGGACAUGGUGGCUGCAACAUAUGCCAAAAACAUCAGUACCACAGCAGAAACAACAAAUAGCACAGCGCCCACGUCAACGGCGACUGUUGCCACACCGGCAGUUCCUUCGGGAGAGCCCAGUAAGCGCACUUCCGGCGGCGAUUUGAUGGCGGCCUCCAGUGAUGCCUUCUUCACAUCGACAACAAUUACCAUGCCCAGUAGCAACUCUACCACCACCAACGGGGACGUUGUUGGCCAAGUGGAGGCCAUUGUGUUGCCGACGGAUCAGGCGCACGAUGGCUCUCUGCACCUGGUGACCAGUUCCCUCACCGACAAUGACAGUGAUGACUCCUCUACCACAGUGAAUGGAUUUAACGCGGAGGCGGAUCUGGCCCAACUGCUCAAGGUCGACGCCUUUUUGCCGGCCUACGAUGGCAGCAUUGAGUUGUUGCCGCCGCUUUUCAGUCAUCGCAAGGUGGCGCCGCCGUUGAGCGCAGACCAGGAUGUAAACACCAAACAGGCGGUUGAGGCUGCAGAGAAGGUAGGAGCGGAGCUGAAAGAGGAGGCGGAAGAGGAGGAGGUGACCGCUACGGACAUAGUACCAAGUGAGGAGGAGGAGUAUACCACAGAGACGGCAACAAACGCAAGAGACACAACUGUUGCGGAGGCGUCAAUGGAUACAUCGCCUGCCACCUCCACCUCCACCUCGGUCAAAUCAUCAUCACAUCCGCCAGAAGAACCCGAGAUAAAUGAACGUGAAAAUCGCUUGGUCUUGAUAAAAUCGAAAGUGCAACCGGUUCAGUUAACGACAACAACUUCGGCAACAGCAACAACUGCAGCUGAUGCUGCUGCUUCGAGCUCCUCAACUGACCGGUUUCACUAUCAGCAUUUUGUCGAAGAUGUUGCCGGCAGCAGUACAACGACGGCAACACCAGAGCCCGAGCAGUCCGAUAUGCCGGCGAGUGACAAUGACAAUUUAAUGACAAAUACAAUUGGCGGCCGCGGCGACGAGGAUGAUGAUGGGGGCCAUAAGGCCACCGGUGAAAUUGAUGUCCAACAGGAACUGCGGCUCAUUAACGAGCUGGUAAAGAGCAAGCAGCGAACGCAUCAUCAGCAACAGAAACAGCAGCUUGAGCCAACCAGUACAGAAGCGACUUCGGCGUCAGCGUCACUAUCAUCAACAUCAACAUCAACAUCAACUGAGGACACCACCACCACCACCACCACCACAACAGCAACAGCAUACGCAAAUUGGUCAAAGGUGAUGCCGCAAUUAGGCCAGAGCACAUCUGAAUCAGCAGCCACAACAAAGACAGCUGCCACAUCGAGCCAGGUCAUUGAAAGCAGUUCGACAGCAUCGGCAGCAGCAACAGAAGUUAAACAUUUAAGUAUUACUAAUCGUAGCAAUAGAAAUAGUAAAAUAAUAAGAGUAGAUCGGUUGGCCGAAGACCCUGAAGGAACUGCCGCAUCUGCAGCAACUGCAGCAACUGCGGAAUCAGCAGCAACCUCCGCCACGCUUCCCAACAGCAGCAGCAACCCAGAUGGCUAUACGCCUUUCUGGUGGCUACCGAGUAUUGGGUGGCGCCUAGACCGCCAGCUGGAUGGGAAUGGCGAGGAUCAGUCGCUGUUGCUGCGGUUCUUCAGCACAUUUCGCGGUAGCAACACGGCAGUAACCACACGCUAAAAGCAACAUCAACAGCAGCAACUCCUGGCUCUGGCCAGCGAUUAGAGCCACAGGAAGUAGCUGAGUGCCGUAUAGUCUAGUGCAGCAUAGUGUCGUGUUAGCGACAGCGUUUCAAUGGCGUGUUGAAGUUUGUUCACAGUUGUCUCACCUUUACACUCUUUCCUUUUCUCAGUAAAUAUUUAUUAUCUUUUAAAGUUUUAAUCGAAUGUCAAUUGUACAUAGCAUGUCCGAAAAACUUAUUUACUACUUAGCAACCACUUUUGCGUUUUUUUUUUGCAUUGGCGUUAUAUCAUAACUUAUUCUUUGUGUUAUUGCAACUGCUUUCUUUUUUAAGUUGUUGAUUUAAUUUUAGGGAAACUUUUUUUUACAUUACAAUAGUUUUAUAUGUGAGUGCUGCUGUCGUUGUUGCGAGCCUUAGCAAUAUUAAAUUGUGAUUCCUUAGGCAUAUGAAUUGAUCGGUAGACUUAGGAAAUCGUAUUUGUAUACCCAGAAUCUUUUGAUGUAUCUUUUUUUUUACUAAUAUUACCCUGGUAACCCAAUAUGUUCAUAUAUGUGCGUACAAUUUGAGCAUUUGUUGUAGCUGUCUCAGUGUAUAUACAUUAGUGCAGAAA